CUCAGAGGGGCGGAGGACACUUUGCUUCGGAUGGAGCAGCACUCCCGCAGAAACAGCACCGUCCCGGGCCCUCCCGGCCGCGGCACCGCCCCGGGCCGCGCCUGCGCUCCCCGCGGGAGGCCGGGCCGCGCCUGCGCUGCGCCCGGGCCGGGCCGGCCGGGCCGGGGCCAUGUUCGGCCGGGCCGCCGCCCGACCCAGCCAUGUCCAGCGCGCCGCGCCGGCCGGGCGCAGCGGAGCCGGGCGGGCUGCGCAGUUCGGUGCAACAUCCACACCGCUGGCAUCAAGAGCAGGAACGUAGAAGCUGCAAUGAUUCAGAUUCUCUCAUGGUUGAGGAAUAUCAAUGUGGCCAUUCAGACCACUGGUUGGAGAGCUCUACAACAUCAGAACACUCUAAGCAGCUUUCCAGUUGCCCCAGCUGGGAAGGUAGAAUUGAAGAAGGCAAAACAAUGAGGACAUCAGAUAAAAAAAUGACAAAUUCUGUUUCAAGCAACACUGGUAAUCCAGCUGAAAGAGAAACUGAUGAAGAGGUUCUGAGGAGGAGACAAAAACAGAUCAAUUUUGGAAAGAAUACCCUCGCAUAUGACAGAUACAUUAAAGAAGUCCCAAAGAACCAGCGAAUUCCGGGAGUUCACCCUAGAACUCCCAACAAGUUUAAGAAGUACAGCCGUAGGUCCUGGGACCGGCAGAUCAAGCUGUGGAAGAUAGCCCUGCAUGCCUGGGAUCCUCCUGCUGAAGAAACCUGGGAUCUGCAGCCCGUUUCCUGUUCUCCCGAUUCUUCUCCAGUAUGGAAACGCAGAAAAAUAAACAAUUCUGACUCCUCUGUGGUUUCAGAGAGCAAAAACCCUUAUCUUCAGAUGUACCACACACUGGAAAGCCUCACUGACUUAGAACAUCAGGGGGCUUAUUCAAAGUGCUCAGAGUGGGAAGCCUUUGGUGAAAAAGAUGAAGCAAUGACAGUACAACAAAGCAUAGAAAUAACAAGUUACCCGAUUCCAGCCAGUUGUUCUUCAGGAUGGACCACUCCAAGUCAGAAGCAAUCCAGCUUCUUUCUGCCUGACAGCAAGCCCUGCAGAGAUGCAGACUACAGGCUGGAGAGCUCUACAACAUCAGAACACUCUAAGCUGCAUUCUAGUUGCCCCAGCUGGGAAGGUAGAAUUGAAGAAGGCAAAACAAUGAGGACAUCAGAUAAAAAAAUGACAAAUUCUGUUUCAAGCAACACUGGUAAUCCAGCUGAAAGAGAAACUGAUGAAGAGGUUCUGAGGAGGAGACAAAAACAGAUCAAUUUUGGAAAGAAUACCCUCGCAUAUGACAGAUACAUUAAAGAAGUCCCAAAGAACCAGCGAAUUCCAGGAGUUCACCCUAGAACUCCCAACAAGUUUAAGAAGUACAGCCGUAGGUCCUGGGACCGGCAGAUCAAGCUGUGGAAGAUAGCCCUGCAUGCCUGGGAUCCUCCUGCUGAAGAAACCUGGGAUCUGCAGCCCGUUAGUACAGAACCUUCAGGUAGUUCCCAGGAAUGGUUCUGCAAAGAUGAGGAUGUUUCUGGCUCCUUUGUGUUUGACAAAAAGCAGAAGAGAAAUGAGUGUGAAGAUGAAUGUAGACAGACUGCCUACUACACACCUGAGAGUUCCUGUUCUCCCGAUUCUUCUCCAGUAUGGAAACGCAGAAAAAUAAACAAUUCUGACUCCUCUGUGGUUUCAGAGAGCAAAAACCCUUAUCUUCAGAUGUACCACACACUGGAAAGCCUCACUGACUUAGAACAUCAGGGGGCUUAUUCAAAGUGCUCAGAUUGGGAAGCCUUUGGAGAAAAAGAUGAAGCAAUGACAGUACAACAAAGCAUAGAAGUAACAAGUUACCCGAUUCCAGCCAGUUGUUCUUCAGGAUGGACCACUCCAAGUCAGAAGCAAUCCAGCUUCUUUCUGCCUGACAGCAAGCCCUGCAGAGAUGCAGACUACAGGCUGGAGAGCUCUACAACAUCAGAACACUCUAAGCUGCAUUCUAGUUGCCCCAGCUGGGAAGGUAGAAUUGAAGAAGGCAAAACAAUGAGGACAUCAGAUAAAAAAAUGACAAAUUCUGUUUCAAGCAACACUGGUAAUCCAGCUGAAAGAGAAACUGAUGAAGAGGUUCUGAGGAGGAGACAAAAACAGAUCAAUUUUGGAAAGAAUACCCUCGCAUAUGACAGAUACAUUAAAGAAGUCCCAAAGAACCAGCGAAUUCCGGGAGUUCACCCUAGAACUCCCAACAAGUUUAAGAAGUACAGCCGUAGGUCCUGGGACCGGCAGAUCAAGCUGUGGAAGAUAGCCCUGCAUGCCUGGGAUCCUCCUGCUGAAGAAACCUGGGAUCUGCAGCCCGUUAGUACAGAACCUUCAGGUAGUUCCCAGGAAUGGUUCUGCAAAGAUGAGGAUGUUUCUGGCUCCUUUGUGUUUGACAAAAAGCAGAAGAGAAAUGAGUGUGAAGAUGAAUGUAGACAGACUGCCUACUACACACCUGAGAGUUCCUGUUCUCCUGAUUCUUCUCCAGUAUGGAAACGCAGAAAAAUAAACAAUUCUGACUCCUCUGUGGUUUCAGAGAGCAAAAACCCUUAUCUUCAGAUGUACCACACACUGGAAAGCCUCACUGACUUAGAACAUCAGGGGGCUUAUUCAAAGUGCUCAGAGUGGGAAAUGUUUGGUGAAAAAGAUGAAGCAAUGACAGUACAACAAAGCAUAGAAAUAACAAGUUACCCGAUUCCAGCCAGUUGUUCUUCAGGAUGGACCACUCCAAGUCAGAAGCAAUCCAGCUUCUUUCUGCCUGACAGCAAGCCCUGCAGAGAUGCAGACUGCAGGCUGGAGAGGCUUAAACUUUGUAGCAGUUUACUGGAAGGACAUCAGUCAGAAUACCCUAACAGAGGGUGGGAAAGUGCAAAUACUGAAGAUACAAUAUUGAGGAGAAAAAUCUAAAUACCAAGUUUCUCUUUGUAUAUAGAAGUAUUGAAGAAGGAAAUUCUCCUGUGACAGAAAAAGACUUGAAGAAUAGGGAUGUAGUCUGAGAUCAGCAGAUCAAGUCUUGGAAAACUGGUGCUGUCAUGCAGGAUCUGCACUGAAAAAGGAAGAGAUUUACAGUCAGCAUAUGUGCAAUCAACAUAAAGUGAAAUUAUUCAGGUUUCUCCAGAUCUUUAUAAGGAUAGAUUGUUUUCUGCAAGCUGUGCCUCAAGUGUAAAAUUUCAGAUUUCAUGAAGCCUGUGCUGCAAUGACAAUGGAUGUUCCUUAAAGCUUUUGUGAGGACAUUCCUGCUGUGCCUGCAUUGGCAGGUGACAUGUGCUUUAUAUUUCAAAGACUGCUUCAGUUUAUGGAUCCUGGCAUCAUUCCCUCUGGAGAUCUUGUUCCUCAGAGUGUGCUGAUGUUUCACCAGUGAAUUGGUUCAGUGUCAAAUCAGACUGAAGAAUGCAACCUUUCCAACCAAGGAACCUCCUCUGCUCCACUGGACCAGAAUUGGACACCCAGCCUGAAGAACUGCUUCAAAAGAAUGUAGAUAAUUUCAGUUCAUAACUUUUGGAUUGGGUGAUCACCCAUUUGGCCUAUUUAUUGUUCUCUGAGAUGUAUUAAGCUGGCAUUUGUCUAAGCCAGGUGAGAGAAGAGAAAGGAAAGGUAGAUGGUUUAUCAAAAUCAGAUCCUUUUCUUGAAGGGGCUGAGUGACUUUUUUUUUUGGAUUUUGCUUUUACAUGUGUUGCAGCCUGACCCAAAGAGCCAGUCUACAGUUAAAGAGUAGAAGAGGAUGCAUUCAGUGCCUGUUGUUCCUACAACUAUUGGGGAUGAAUAGCAGUAUUUGCAGGUGUGGAGCUGCUCUUAUCCAGGCUAAGGGUUGUGAUGGUAUUGGGAUAGGCUCUCCUUUUUUUUACUCUGCUAGCGCUGUAUGCAGAGCAGAAGUUUGAAGUGAGAGCUGUAGCUACAGUGGUUUAGAUUAAAUUUGUGUGCCAGUUACAAGAAUUUUACAGCUCUUGUGUAGCAUGUACUGGGAUACCAAUGUCUGCUAGAGCUGGGAGUUGUCUCUGCAGGAGUUUGGUUUUGCUUUCUGUUGCUGUGGGGCUGGCAGUACCCAGGGCCAAGAGCCCAUUGUGCUGCUGAUUUGGAAGUAAGCUGCUUCCCCAGAAACUACUCUCACUCCCAAAAUGUUAUUUCCAGGCAAGCUCUGGCAUUUUUUUUCUCAGCACAAGGGUGUAUCAGUCACGCACCACAGAGCGCGGAGCGUGUGUGUACAAGGGACGCAUCUGUACAGCACUUUUCUAAGAGGUAAUAUUUAGAACCUUAUUAUUCCAGUCUGCAUGUUUCCUUGUGAUUUAUGAUGAUUGUAAAUAAGGGAAUGUGUUACAUUUUUGGCAAUUUGCCUUUAUGCUGAAGAAUUAAAGACUUUAAAUUUAAAAAUC